UAUGAUGAGAACUAUUUACCGCGCGUUGAUUGUGUCACCGAUAUGAUAUAUUCUCUCUUCAGUCCAGUCCUCCUCUGUAAGUUCUACUAUUCACUGAUAUAGGGUUUCCAGUAAUUAACUUUCAACAUGAUUAAUGGAUACAUGAGCAUACGUAUUAUGUCAGCUUUAAGCUUGUUUUUCCUGCAAGUUCCACUUACAUUUCCUCAGAAAAUGUCAAUGGGUUACUGCCCGAUUGUAUCGCGUGUGGCCGACUUUGAUUUAGAGAAGUUUAUGGGUGUCUGGUAUCAACAAGCCACCGUGAGCUCGGUCCUGAAAGAUGACGUCACUUGCACCAAGUACACUUAUAAACCCGGUAAACACGGGUCUUUCAUCAUCGAUUCCAAAAUGACAAGUAAAAGCGAUGAACUACUAGAAAUACAUGGAGUAGCCAAACCCAAGAGACACAAUCACGAGAUCGAAGCUGGUCACUUCUCUGUGAUCAGCAGAGAUGGUGAGUAUUUGAGAUCUAUGAUCAAGCUUUCAUACAGAAGCGGUGAACUACUAGAAAUACAUGGAGUAGCCAAACCCAAGAGACACAAUCACGAGAUCGAAGCUGGUCACUUCUCUGUGAUCAGCAGAGAUGGUGAGUAUUUGAGAUCUAUGAUCAAGCUUUCAUACAGAAGCGGUGAACUACUAGAAAUACAUGGAGUAGCCAAACCCAAGAGACACAAUCACGAGAUCGAAGCUGGUCACUUCUCUGUGAUCAGCAGAGAUGGUGAGUAUUUGAGAUCUAUGAUCAAGCUUUCAUACAGAAGCGGUGAACUACUAGAAAUACAUGGAGUAGCCAAACCCAAGAGACACAAUCACGAGAUCGAAGCUGGUCACUUCUCUGUGAUCAGCAGAGAUGGUGAGUAUUUGAGAUCUAUGAUCAAGCUUUCAUACAGAAGCGGUGAACUACUAGAAAUACAUGGAGUAGCCAAACCCAAGAGACACAAUCACGAGAUCGAAGCUGGUCACUUCUCUGUGAUCAGCAGAGAUGAUGUAAAGCACUCAGACGACUACAAUGUGCUGGCCACGGACUACGACAGCUACGCUCUCAUAUACAGCUGUUGGGAGCUCCGCAGUCUACUCGUAUACAAGAGCCAAUCACUGGAGAUUCUAAGCAGGGAACGGAUGUUUAACACGUCAGUGAUCGUGAGCGCUUUCCCCGAAGUGCGCCGGCAGAGGCUGGAGGAGGUGUAUGGAAGGAUACACACUGUCGACCAGCUCAACUGUACCGAUGUCCAGGAGGAUCUCUCCAGCUUCUUCCCUCUGGAACAUGUCUGAUUCAUAGACCGUUGAUGACGUGUGAAAAAUAUAUCAACCAGCCUUAUUUUUUUCAAUCUAUUUCUUUGGCAUCGACAAUGGAAAGCACUUUUAAUUCAAAUGUACAAUCUAUCAAUAUAAGUUUUAUAGUGUA